UUCAGCUCUGUGGUGAACUUAUGAACUUAUCUGAAACAGUAUCAGCCUAACAUAGCAACGAUGGCUCAACAAAUGGCGAUAGGCAAGCAGUUUGAGCUGCCUUUGCUCCUGCAGAGUGUGGUGAUGAUUCUCACCAUGCUGGCUAUGCUACAUUUGUGCUGUUCCAUCCAGAGCAGCAACCGUGUCAGUACUAAACAGCACCACAUCACAGAUUUGGACCUUCGGUAUUUCUGGAGCUGGAGUUCUUUUGAGGACUAUCUGAUAUUCUGCUUUGCCUUCACGCUGCUGUGUGCUUUCAUAACGUUCCUCUUUCUGGACUGGGUCCUAUUUGUGGAAACCUUGGGCUCUUUGGCUGUGAUGUUUGAAGCCAUGUUGGGACUGCCUCAGCUGCUGCAGAACUACAACAACCGCUCCACCCGAGGCAUGAGUGUAAAGAUGGUGCUUUUAUGGACGGCUGGUGACAUCUUUAAGACCACAUAUUUCGUGAUCAAUGAAAGCCCCACCCAGUUCGUGGUCUGUGGUGCGGUACAGAUCUUAAUUGACAUUGCUAUUCUGCUCCAGGUGAGCUACUACGGCCAGGACACCAGAAUCAAACUGGGCUGAGAUCACUACAGUAAUGAUGGCGAUGAACACUCCUAAAUAAGGAUAUUCUACAUGCUUC